UUUGUCCAGCUAGAAAGGCACCUGUGUCUCGUCUCUUUCGCCUUCUCUCUGUCUUCGAAGCUUCGACUCCAUCAAUGGAGUCGAGCUGAAACUAGGUUUCAAUUCCCAAAAAUCCUUCUUCUUCUUUCAAAUGCCUUGAUCGAAGACCGACCACGACGUCGCGCUUCGAGUCCCAGUCUUGUCGCUUUGACGCCGAGGCACGCAAAUGGGAGAAGGACAAGACUGGACUUCCGAAGAUCGGAAAAUCUUAAUUCCGACCUUGGGGGAGGAGGCGUUGGGGCUGAUGACGGCGUCCAAUUGCGGCGGAGCCGCCACCAGUAUUGCGGAGCGGAGGGCGGCCAAGUUUGGGUUCAAUGCGGUGAAGAUCAGCACCCCACGGUUCCGGACCACCAGUCCUUUGGCUUCGCCGGCGGCUCGGUCGCCAUGCCUCACUAUUCCCGAGGGGAUUAGCCCCACCGCCUUGCUCGAUUCCCCUAUAAUGCUUCCAAAUACUCAGGUACUGCCAUCUCCCACCACUGGAAAAUUUCUGUUGCCUACUUUUAGUCAAGAGAGUUCCAUUCUGCAUUCAACAACUCGUGAAUAUCUUAACAAGGGUAAUGCUAUUGACUCCUUCAGAUUCAAACCCUAUGGGGAGAAUAAGUCUCCACCUCGCUGUUCUAGUUUUGGAAAUCAGCGAACUGAUGCUGUGGAUCAAGCUAUGGUUUUGGACAAACCAUCUGUAGGUUUUGAGUUCCCGACAGAGUUUGCUGGAGAAACUACAAUAAAACAAUCUUUGGAUUUCUCUAAUGGUGUGAAAUUCUUCGACAAUGCGAUUACAGAUGCCAAGUCUGUUGACAUGAAAGUGUCUCCAGAUGUGGCAAGUGAUCAAACUUCUCUCUCAAGAGGAACUAUUCAUGGAGAAGAUGAUGCAACACACGAUCCCUCAGAAGGGAAUCAUAAUGUGUCUAACCAAGCAGUUGGAAUAGCGAGGACUUCAGAAGAUGGAUACAACUGGAGAAAAUAUGGACAGAAACAGGUUAAAGGAAGUGAAUAUCCAAGGAGCUACUAUAAAUGCACCCACACAGAUUGUCAGGUGAAGAAAAAGGUGGAACGAUCACAUGAUGGUCAGAUAACAGAAAUCAUCUACAAGGGUUCCCAUAAUCAUGCGAAACCUCAGCCUAACCGUCGAGCUGUACCUGGAUCAGGAUUUUCAUUCGAUGAGAUGCCAGAGGUAAGUGAAGGAAGUGGAUCUUGUCUUAAAGUUGAAGGUAGGUCAGGGUCUGUUUGGACAAAUGUUCAAUCGGGUUCAACUAGUAAUAAACUUGGUUCCAAUGGGAGGACUGAUGGUAUGGAGAUAAAAUCCUCAGCAUCUGUUUUAACGGAGCUUUCUGACCCAUUAUCAACUGCCCAAGGAAAAUCUAUUGGAAUGAUUGAAUCAACAGAAACUCCAGAGCUUUCAUCUACAGUUGCUAGUGACGAGGAUGAUGAAGAUGGAGCCAUCCAAAGAAGCAUGUCACUUGGAGAUGAUGCGGAUGACGAAGAACCUGAAACAAAAAGAAGGAAGAAAGAAAGCUCCUUAAUUGAAACAAGUUUGACAUUGAGGUCUGUUCGAGAACCAAGAGUAGUUGUCCAAAUCGAAAGUGACGUAGACAUACUUGAUGAUGGCUAUCGCUGGCGGAAGUAUGGUCAAAAGGUUGUCAAGGGAAACCCAAACCCAAGGAGCUACUACAAAUGCACAAGUGCUGGAUGUUCAGUAAGGAAGCACGUGGAAAGGGCCUCCCACAAUCUGAAAUUUGUGAUUACAACGUAUGAAGGAAAACACAACCAUGAAGUGCCCGCAGCCAGAAACAGUAAUCACAUGAACUCGAGUGGCGCCAAUGUAUCUCCAGUUACUGCUAAUAGUGCUCAGCCAGCCCUGACAUUACCUAGGAAUACCACCAUUCCGAAGUCCGAAACACAAAUACAAGAUCUUGCCCCUCAGUUUGACAGAAAACCCGAAUUUAAUAACGAGUAUUUGAGGCCUAGUUUCCCUGUGAGUUUCAGUAACGGAGCCUCCUCCCUUUACCCAAUGAAAUUUCCUCCUUUACAAAGUUUCAUACCUUAUGCCUCUUAUGGAUUGAAUCCUAACUGCAUCGCAAUUCAACAAUCUAGUUCUGUAACCCCUGUUGUUCCAGACUUCCCAAUGUCACUUCCAUUGGCUCUUCCCCCUUCUGGGAAUCUCUCUUUGGUCGGUUUUGAUUUCAACAGCAGGAAACCGGUUGCUCCAAUUCAGCCUAUGCUUUCAGGGCAGCGGCUCCAGCAAAAUGAUGUAAGGUUCCUCCGACCCAAAGAAGAGCAAAAGGAUGAUAUCCAUUAUGAUGCUCGUGUGCCUCUUGUGGAUCACGCAAAUGCAGCCUCCUUGUCAUCUUACUCUUCUUCAACAGCAUACAAUCAGAUUAUGGGAAGUUUUCCUUAGUCUUUUUCCCAGCAGUAAAGCAAUUGAGGCAGACUGAACUUGCUCUUUUUCACUUAUUAAGGUUUUAGUUUUCUAUAUUUUUAUAGCGAUAGUUUUUUCUUAACAGAUGCAUAUUAUGAAAUUGUUAUACAAAUUGGAUACCAUAAGGUGUAUCCAAUAUCAUCCACAUUGUUCAAUUCUAUCAAUAGAAAUUUGAAUAUCA